ACAUUUAGAGAGAACUCCUGAGACUUGAACUCAUUUCAUUACAGUUGUGUUAAUUGGAUUAAAUAAGUGACAUCUACCUUCUAUGUCCUAGAAAAAAUAUGUCAUAUCUGGUGAUUUUGCUGCUAGUUUCAGGGAGGAUGUCUCUGUGUUCACUCAUUCAUCGAGAGUAUUACCUGAUCCCUCUGGCCAAGUCCUGGAAUGAUGCCCAGGUGUACUGCAGAGAGAACUACUUUGACCUCGCCGUUAUAGGAGACCGCGAGGACUUGAAGAGGCUGAGCAACACGGCAGCAGCCGCCGGUGUGAACGGACAGCUCUGGAUUGGGCUGAAAAAAGAUGGGGCGGCGGUGUGGCUGUGGUCUGUGGGGGACACUCAGAGCGGUCAUGGAUUGGUUAAUGAAUACACUAACUGGGCAAGUUCACCAGAGUCCUCACACCACUGUGGGGGUAUGAGGCAUGAUGGGAAAUGGCUCAGUGCACUCUGUCAAUCAGAACUUCCCUUUGUCUGUCAGGGCUGUGAGUAA